AACAACAGAUGCUAGUGGGGAAGCAAUAGGAGGUGUACUAUCCCAAAAUGAGAAACCGGUUGCUUUUGCAAGCAGGAAACUUACUCCGGCCGAGAGGCGUUAUAGUACAAUUGAAAGGGAAUUUCUUGCUAUUGUAUGGUGUGUUGAGAAUUUUAGACCAUACCUUUACGGAAAUGAAUUUGUGCUAAGAACAGAUCACAUGCCACUUUUAUGGAUGAAUAAGCUGAAAGAAACAUCCGCCAGGAUAACCAAGUGGAAAGAAAAAUUGGCUGUUUACUCAUUCAAAAUUCAACACAUUAAAGGAGUAGAUAAUGUAGUUGCUGAUUGUUUAUCUCGGAAUAUAAAUCCUCUACAAGUGAAGCAAAUUAAUUUGGAAGUGAUGGAAAAUUGCAUUAUAAAUGAUAAACGUAAUCAAAUAAUUCUUGAAAGACAAAACUUUGGAGGUAUAACAAAAACUACCCAUCGUUAUGGCCCAAUUCAUACUUAUACAAUUACAAUUGGCCCUCAGGCGACAGAUGAUGAACUGAAACAUACAAUAAAGCAGUUGAUGGUAAGGGGGAAAGUUUAUUUCAUAUUUUCCAAGGAAAAAGAUUUUAUUGAUAAAAUUAAGAGCUUUCAUAAAGAUGAAUGCUGGGACUCAAAAAUACACUUGAUAAUUUGUGAUAGACAAGUUAAAACAGUUGAAGAUAGAAGAGAACAACAAGAAGUUGUAGAACAAUAUCACAUUGGAAGGACCAACCAUAGAGGGGAAAAGGAAACGUUGCAACACCUGAAACGGCAGUAUUAUUGGCUGAAUAUGGCCAAAACAAUAAGAAAUGUGCUGGGAAAGUGUGCAGCAUGCAAUAUAGCAAAAUAUGACAGAAAGCCUUACAAGACGCCUCAGAUGGUCACACCUACUGUAUCUUACUACAAUCGAUUGUUUUACAAGGCUUGCUUCUGCAUGGAUUUUAAAGAAUAAAACAGCCAAGUGCAUGGAACAAAAUUUACUAGCAUUUUUUGGGCUCUUCAAUACCCCCAACAUGUUGUUAAUGGAUAAAGGAAAAGAAUUCGACAACAAUCGGAUCAAAAAACUUUUAGAGGAACUUGAUAUCGACAGCCACUUCACUACAGUAGGACAUCCGCAAUCUCAUGGAAUGAUGGAACGUUUACAUAGCACGCUAACUGAACAUUUGCACUUAUUAGAAGUUGAUAGAAACAUCUGUGGGGAAGAAGCAAUGGCAAGAGCUAUUCUGGCAUAUAAUAGUAGCAUACAUUCUUCAACAAAUUUUUCACCAUUUGAGUUAGUUGAGCAUCCAGAGGAGCAUAGAGAAGUGGAGAGAAAAAUCAUGAACGAGAAAGUUCGGAGGACAAAAAAGUAUAAUUUGGAGGUGGCUGAAGACAUGAAUAAAAUAAAAGUAGGUGACAUAAUCUUCAAGAAAAAUCAUCACAAGAGAACGAAAUCGGAUCAUAGAUUUGUUGGACCAUAUGAAGUGAUUUAUCUACUACUUAGGAACCGAGUGGAGGUAAAAAAGCAACACAACAAUGGACGAGCUAGACAUGAAAUUGUGCAUUUGAGUGAGAUUAGAAGAUCGAAAAGGAACUAUAAUGAAGAUGAGUAAGGAAAGAUUUCCAAAAUGUUUUUAUUAUGUUGUUUUCCAUGUUUUGUUUUUAUGAGUUCUAUUUACAUCUCUAUAAUAGAGAUAGUGAAGACUGGAGGGGGGUAGUUACGGAAGCCUCAGCUGACGUCUUUCACUAUCUCUAUGGAGACAGCUAAGAUUAUGAUGUUGAUUAAAUAAACAAUCAUUCUUUGUCUGAGUUUGAAUGAGACGUUUUAUUCCUAUCUACUUAACUUAU